CCGCGACCCCAGAGCCUAUGCUCAAGUACUCACUCUCUCCGCAUGGUUGAUCAGAUUCUGACGUGGACGAAUCCACCUGCAUCUCCUAACAAAGAGAGCUGGUAGCGGAUGUUCUGGCGCAUUGUGGCAUUGUACGAUCAGAUCGUGCGCUCCUUAUGACAGCCACUUAGUGGCUCACCCUGCUUCGUACAUAACGCUCUCGCGCCUCGUCCUGACAACUCCGAUCUGCAUGCAUUUGUGUGUCUGUUACCCUACGAACGAUGUCUCUUGGUCUCCAUUCCUUUCGCAUCUCUAUCAUUUUGAUCUUGGCUCGGACUGCUUCUCAUCCCACGGCUGAUGCACCACACUGGACUGUGAAACCUGUCAGACACGAAGGGUGAUCUAACCGAUCAAGGAAGCAUCUUUGGGCUGUGGCUUCAUUGACUUGACUGAUGAGCAUCUGUAUCUCCACCCUGCUCUGACCGUCCUUCUUUCCUUCCCUCGUCCGUCCCGUCCAUUCGACUUUCUCUCUGGCCCUGGGGGUCCACUCUCGCCUGUGAACCAUUCGUUUUCGUUCAGCAACCGACAUUCCUUUCGUUUCCGAUAUGAGCGCACAGCCAACUGGGCAUUCACCACGAGCCCAGUCCUACGACGUUGUGAUCGACGACACAAGUCCUCUUCUCACGUACAAUGGGGGUCACUGGUCACAGAACCAGUCCAGCGAUGCAUAUGGUGCGAGCUAUACGAUGACCACCUGGCAGAAUGACUCGGUGCAGCUCACCUUCGAGGGGACGAAAGUGCUAGUCAAUGGCUCGCGGAGCACGUUUGGGUCCAAUUUCACCGUGAACUUGGACGGGAAGCCCGACUUGCUCUCUGCGCAGACAACAUCCGGCUUCCAGUCGUUUUCUACCACGAUCUACGACUCGGGGGUCCUGGUUCCGGGGCAGCAUACUUUAGAGAUCAUCAACGACAGUUGGGACACGUUGGACAUCGACUCCAUCACCUAUUCAUGCAGUAUCAAACAUCACGGCGACGAGACUUCGGAAUUGUCCACUACGACGGUCGAUGACACCAGUUCUGCGUUCACGUACCUACCGCACGGUGCCUGGGAUGUCUCUUCACCUAAUCUGCCGAGCUUCAAGUAUGCCACGGGACAUUCGAUAAACCUGGCCAAUGCCUCCGUCAAUUUUACGUUCUCAGGUGAUGCAGUGUCCAUCUACGGCACCACUGGACCCAACCAUGCCCGAUACUCCGUCCUGAGAGAAAACAGGCCAACACUAAGUUAUUCUGCCACGAAAGACCUGUACUCUGCGCAGGUCCUGUUGUAUUUCGGGAGUGGGUUUGGCGAGGGAAAUCACACGGUGACACUAGUGACUGAUGAACCGGGCAUGUUCGAGAUGGAUUACGCCACUGUCCAUAGCUCCUCGUCGCUGCUCUCGCCGCUUCAAGUCUCGUCAAGUUCAUUACCGCAACCGAGUCAGACGGGAAUGCCAAUCAUUCCCACGAACCCCCCUCCACCCCAACAAAAGUUGGAUGCAUCGGCAGUUGCCGUCAUCGUAGUAGCAGCAGCUCUCUUUGUGCUUCUUGUUGCAGCUGUCUUUUUCCUUCUCCGGAGGAACAAGAAUCUCUGGGUUAUUCUGGAACGAGGCGUGCACUCUCCGUUCGAUGCAUCGGUGGCCCCGUGGAGAAUGUCGUUGGGACCUCGACGCGCGGCGAAGCGAGCAACGUACGUGCCGGUGGACGACGACGAGUCCUUCGAGUCUCCGCCCGUCCGCCGGGACACCGUGAACUCGACUGCAACCGCUUCCACCCUGGUCGCAGAUGCGGGCUCAACGCCCCGAAAUCCAGGGCGGCCGUUCUUCAAGCAACUGCAACUUGCGACGCGCUGGGGCUCGGGCCCCCCUUCUAUGACUCAAACUUCGAGCUCCACGGCGACGAUGCGCCAGCAGCUUCAGAAUGCACCGGCGCGAAGCGCCUCGACCAGACGAUUGCUACAGGACCCAAGCAGCGCUUCCCGAGAUGACCUGCUGGGGAGCUCCGUUGAUUCGCAUCAUGGGUUGGGGGCGGACGAUGUUCUGCGGCAUCCGAUACGACGGCACGAGCCGUCCAGUCACGACUGGCAUGCCGCCCUUCCUUGAUUUUGCAACCACCGUUGCUGUAUGUAUCAGAUCCCGUAUUUUGAAUAUCGAUGAUGAGCUCAGCCUCUUCACAUACAUACCCAGAGCCCAGAUCCGUCUCGUAGACGGCAGUCCUCGCUUGCAUUCGGUGUACAACUUUGCUCCUGAGCUGAGCAAAGACUCCGUGAAACACGGGCCUGGGGACGAGACUGCGCUUAGACCGAGAACUGGCCAUCAGGGACGAUUUUCUCCUCCGGUCGAUCGUGGCCGUAAAUGGUCGGUCCCAUGUGGGCCGCUAAGCGGCCCGUUUCAUUCUUACCCCGCAUUUACCUACUGUUCGCUGCAAGGUGGUAAGCCAAAACGAUUAUCCACAGCAGGGAUUACUUGGAUGUCGAUCAAGCUGCUCCACGACACACAUCCAGACGCGCGGCAAGGACCAGUGCUGCGGUAUUCGAGAAGUGCGGAUUGAACUCAGCAGUCCGAGCUGCCGAUCCCGGGGCCUUCGCAGAUCCUCGAAGCGACAUCGUUUAGCAGCAACGCAACCAUUUGAUUGGUUUCAGAGCCCAUGCGCUCGAACUUAUCAUGAGCUGAAUUUGCUACGGCCGGCGAGUCGCGACCGGACGCAGAUUUGAAAAUAGUGGUUUUGUCCGUGGGAUUGGGAUUGGAAUACAAAUCACUACUGCUCUGUAGUAUACGUACCUCGUCCCCAUUUUUGAUAUUGCAGGCAUCCAAGCGGUUUUUUAA